CCCAAAUGAAGGAAAAGAAGAAUCAAAAUGGAGGGACGCUCAAAACGAUACAAAAAGAUUGAUUUUUUGGGAGAAGGACAGUUCGCCACUGUAUACAAGGCUGAAGACCAGGAAACUCAUGCGAUUGUGGCAGUGAAAAAGAUCAAACUUGGUCAGAGGAGUGAGGCAAAAGAUGGAAUCAACAGAACUGCAUUGCGAGAAAUCAAACUUUUACAAGAGCUGAGGCAUCCAAACAUAAUUGGGCUUCUUGAUGUAUUUGGUCACAAGUCCAACAUCAGUCUUGUAUUUGACUUCAUGGAAACAGAUCUUGAGGUUAUAAUAAAAGAUACAAGUAUUGUACUAAGCCCAGCAAAUGUCAAAAGCUAUAUGAUAAUGACAUUGCAAGGUUUGGAAUAUCUUCACAUGAACUGGAUCCUUCAUAGGGAUAUGAAACCAAAUAAUUUGUUGAUUGAUGAUAAAGGAGUUUUGAAGAUUGGUGAUUUUGGACUUGCCAGAUCUUUUGGAAGUCCCACAAAGGUGUAUACUCAUCAAGUAGUGACAAGGUGGUAUCGUCCCCCUGAGCUUCUGUUUGGAGCAAGAAUCUAUGGUACAGGUGUGGAUAUAUGGGCUGUUGGUUGCAUCUUGGCUGAGCUUCUUCUGCGGGUUCCCUUUUUACCAGGUAGUUCUGAUUUAGAUCAACUCAGCAGAAUAUUUGAAACUCUUGGUACUCCAUCAGAAGAUUCCUGGCCAGGUGUCACAUCUUUACCAGACUAUGUGGAAUUUAAGAAAUUCCCUGGGAUUCCUUUAAAGGACAUAUUUUCUGCUGCUGGUGACGACCUUUUGGAUAUGCUCGACAGAUUGCUGGAUUGCAAUCCUGCUGGCAGAGUAAAUGCAACUCAGGCUCUGAAGAUGCCAUACUGUUCCAACAAACCCGUCCCUACGCCUGGGCACCUACUGCCACGCCCUAAGAUAUCGGCACCCGCAGGUAGUAAAAAGGAGGAGGAAAACUCGUUGAAAAGAAAAAUGGUUGAUUCAAUGGCUGAUUCAGGAACUAUCAGAGCAAAAAAGCUGGUAUUCUAGUGUGAUUUCCGUCAAAGGCAAAGAAUUAUCCAUUUAUUGUUUCCCAAGUUGUACGAACCACGUUCCAGCGUGGCAAACUCUCGUUUAGGGAUUUUCAUGUUGUGUGAUAUUUGACACGAAACGACCGACGAGGAGGACAUCAACCACGCUAUGGCCAUUGGCUAAGCGUUCUUUCAGUUCAGGAUGGCCCUCAAAAGAGCAAGUUGAACGAUGAUCAUGGAGAGCGUACAAUAAUGUCCUCGCAACCGAAGUUUCGGAGCUAAACUUUGACAGUUGCGCAUGCUAAGCGAAACUGUCGUUGAAAGUACCCUAUUCACGAACACCAGUUCACAAGAACAUCUAACUCAAGGAAAGCGCCACUGUCCCUUUUUCAUGAUAGUGCCAGUUUCCCGCUCGUGCGUAUCAAAAAAGGGGAACCACAGGGGAGGAGUCGGCCCAAAAUUUCGCUUUGAGAGUGACAUUACGUUCACCCGAAAAAUGGUCAAUUGUUUAAAAAAAAAAUGGCGCAUAUUAUAGGUAGAGUUAAGUGGAGACGUGAAGCUCUCGUAUUGAUUUUGGAAUUGAGAAGUGCUCGCUGUAUGUUAAUGCAAGCUAUGAUACUCAUAAAUGUACAUACCGUAGAUGAAAAAACGAAUCGACGUCAACAUUUAAUUUAAGAAAGAUAUAGAAACGUGUGUGUAGACAUGCAACAAAGAAAAAAAACCCUAGUU